CCAAGUGGACUCCCGAUCCAGACAAACUGCAGCGUACACACCCACGUACGCACCCGCGUCUCCUCACAAAUUAAUAAUUAACGAAGCGAAGAAGAGAAAAAAAGAAAAGAACCAAACCAAAGCGAAGCGGAGCGGAGCGAAGGAGAAGAAAAAAAGAGAGAGAAAGGAAUCGCACGAAGAGCGGAGAUCCAAAUCACCCGCGAAAGAAGGCCCUCCCUUCGCCCGCGACGAACACGAACUCCUCACUCCAGUUACUCGAAAUAGUCUUUAGGAGCAAACCAUCUGGGGCCUAGAAAAGGCUUGGUGGAAUGGAAUUAACUUGUUCCUCUGAAGAAAGUAACUCAAAAGAGUCUUCUGUAAAUCCAUCUUCAUCUUCAAUAGAAAGUUCUGGAACUUUUGUGGACCACCCAACUCCUCCUACCACCAAGGAAGUUGAUGACAGUAGUGAUCAUGAAAAAACAAAUGCACAGGAGGAAAAAUCAGCCCAACCAGCCAUUUUGAAGUUCUCCAAUGGACUGACAGAUCGUAUUGGUUGCAUGGAUUCACCUUCACCUGUCAUAGAAAUGCCUCUUCCUGAUUCAGCAGAGCAUCACAUGGAAUCGAACUCCCCAACAGCAGAAGUCCCUGAAAUUCAUUCAGGACUAAGUGAGGCAUUCAAGCACUCAAUAGAGGAUGAGGCAGAUAAUUCUUCUUCUGUAGAUGCCGCUGAGGUAAACCAUCUGUCUGACAGUGCCUCAGCUGGUUCUGAAACUAUGUCGACAGAUGAAAUGAGUUCUAAAGAAGACUGGAUAGAUCAGACAAAUGCCGCUGCAAAGCCAAAACCAAUAGAAGAACAAGGAGCAACACCUGAAAGUCCAUAUAAAGGCCUUAUUGACACCACUGCACCUUUUGAGUCUGUUAGAGAAGUUGUCACCAAGUUCGGAGGAAUUGUUGACUGGAAAGCCCACAAAGCUCAAAUGAUGGAGCGGCGCAAGUUCAUACAACUUGAACUCGAAAAGGUUCAGAAGGAAAUUCCCCUCUAUAAAGAGGAACUAGAGGCUGCGGAAAUGGUUAAAUCACACGUAGUCAAUGAACUAGAAGAAACUAGGAGAAUUAUUGAAGAAUUGAAGCAUAAUCUUGAGAAAGCACAGAUUGAAGAAGUUCAGGCGAAACAGGAUUCUGAGCUUGCAGUACUUAGAGCGCAAGAGAUCGAGCAGGGAAUAGCUGACGAAGCUAGUGUGAUAGCCAGGACUCAAAUUGAGGUUGCCAAAGAAAGACAUGAAAAGGCUAUCACUGAACUAAACUCAGUGAAAAAGGAGCUGAAAGCAGUGCAUGAACAGUAUGUUACCUUAGUCAAUGAAAGGGACACAGCUAUCAGAAGGUCAGAAGAAGUUAUUUCUGCUGGGAAGGACAUUGAGAAGCGAGUGGAGGAAUUGACUUUAGAACUGAUUGCAUCGAAAGGUUCUCUUGAGUUGGCGCAUGCUGCACAUCAUGAAGCAGAAGAACGUAGAAUUGGUGCAGCAUUGGCAAAGGAGCAAGAUUGCGUUGCUUGGGAUAGAGAGUUGCAACAGGCACAAGAGGAGCUUCAACAACACAAUAAUAAGCUUCUGUCCAAAAGUGACGUGAAGCUGAAUCUAGAUGCAAAUUUAUGCAAGUUGCGUAGCCUAAAGUCAGAGCUGGCAGCUUAUGUACAAAAUGUGCUUAGUGAAGAAGCUGAAGGACUUGCGAAAGAACAUGGUUCUGAUGAUGCCCGACAAAUUAGUGGGCCACUUAAAGAAGCUCUAGCUUCAACACAGAAGGAGCUUGAGGAGGUUAGAGCAAACAUAGAGAAGGCAAAAAAUGAGGCCAAAUUGUUCAGACUUGCAGCCGCAACCCUCAGAUCAGAAAUGGAGAAUCAGAAAUCUUCACUCGUUGCAUUACAGGAGAGGGAAGGUAUGGCAUCUAUUGCAAUUACUGCACUAGAAGCUGAGCUCAACAGGACGAAACAAGAGAUAGAAUGUGUAAGGUCUAAAGAAGCAGAUGCUCAAGAGAGGAUGGUAGAACUUCCCAGGAUCUUGCAGGAGGCAACUCAGGAAGCUGAAGACGCAAAGAUGGUAGCUUUCUCAGUACAAGAGCAAGUGAGAAAGGCCAGGCAACAAGCUGAGAAAACCAAAACAGCUGCAGCCACAGUAAACACCAGGUUAGGUGCUGUCCUGAAAGAAAUUGAUGCAUCCAGAGUAUCAGAGAAGAUAGCUCUUGCAGCAGUUCAAGCAUUGCAAGAAAGUGAAGAGACAGGAGAUGAUGAGGACUCUCCCAGAGGAGUGUCACUUCCUCUAACCGAGUAUUACGCCCUUAGCAAGAAAGCGCAUGAAGCUGAACAUCUAGCACAUGAAAGUGUGACAGCAGCACUGGCACAGGUGGAGUUGGCAAAGGCAUCUGAAUCAAACAGCCUGGAGAGAUUAUGCGAAGCAUCCAAGAAGAUGAAUGAGAAGAAGGAUGCUCUUGAAAGAGCAUUGCAGAGAGCCGAGAGGGCAAAUGAAGGGAAGCUGAAUGCUGAGCAGGAACUGAGGAAAUGGAGAGCUGAUCAUGAGCAGCGUAGGAAAGCUCAUGAAGCUGCGAGACACGCAGUUAACCCUUUGAGUAGCUCACCUAGGAGAUUUGCCGAAGAGAAGGAUCCUUUCCACAAAGUCUCAGUUCAUAGUUACGAGGACCUUGUCCCGAAUCGGAAGCUAAGGAGGAAAAAAUCUUUCUUCCCACUAAUGGGCUCUCUUUUAUCCAGAAAGACUUAGGCAUAAGCAUUAGAGGAGGUAACAUGGCCCAAGCUUUUGUGCAAUCUUAUUGCUGUACAUUUCUGUAAUAAGUUAAUUCAAAUUUGUCUUUAAAUUUGGUCCGGGUGUAAGUUUUGAUUUGUUGGUGUAAACAGUCAGAGGCCAUAUAGCAGUUUGUGUGUAGCAA